AUGUUGGAUCGUUCUGUGGCAACCAAGAGCAAUUUGGGGAGCAAGAGAAAAGAAGUAGCUAGUUGCUUCAAAUGUCCUUUGAUUGAAGCGUUCAGGAGAACAGCUAUGACAAACAUAGUUUUUGAGUCCGAUUCUCUCUUGAAGGAGUUCUACAUUCCUACAUAUAUCCUUGCUUCUAGUUCAGAGCCUGAGACAUUAAGAGAUGUACCUUCGUGCCCCGUGCUCGUCUUUAUCAAUUCUCGAAGUGGUGGGCAACUGGGUGGAGAACUUCUUGUCACUUAUCGUUCUCUCCUAAACCCACACCAGGUUAUUGACCUCGGAGAGGAAGCUCCUGAUGCUGUGUUGCAUAGACUUUAUCGAAAACUUGAGAUGCUCAAGAUAAGUGGAGAUGAACUAGCUCCUAAGAUUGAGGAGAAAUUGAAAAUAAUUGUUGCAGGUGGCGAUGGUACAGCCGGUUGGCUCCUUGGAGUUGUUAGUGAUCUUAAGUUAUCUCAACCCCCACCCAUUGCAACAGUCCCACUAGGAACUGGAAACAAUCUCCCAUUUGCUUUUGGCUGGGGAAAGAAAAAUCCUGGAACAGAUAAAGACUCUGUGCUCUCAUUCUUGCGUCAAGUUAGGAAAGCAAAAGAAAUGAUGAUAGACAGCUGGCAUAUUUUGAUGAGGAUGAGAGCACCAAGUCAAGGUUCUUGUGAUCCCAUUGCUCCUCUUGAGUUGCCUCAUUCUUUGCAUGCUUUCCAACGAGUUUCUUCAACCGAUGAGCUCAAUGUGGAUGGUUACCAUACAUUCCGUGGAGGUUUUUGGAAUUACUUUAGCAUGGGGAUGGAUGCGCAAGUAUCUUAUGCGUUUCAUUCUGAGAGGAAGCUAAAUCCUGAGAAGUUCAAAAACCAGCUGGCAAAUCAGAGUCAAUAUGCAAAACUUGGAUGCACUCAAGGAUGGUUUUUUGCUUCACUUGUUCAUCCAUCAUCAAGGAACAUAGCCCAACUGGCAAAAGUUAAGGUUAUGAAGACUCACGGUGUUUGGCAAGACCUUCAAAUUCCUCAUAGCAUCAGAUCAAUCGUAUGCCUCAAUUUGCCAAGUUUCUCUGGUGGACUAAAUCCUUGGGGAACACCAAAUCAAAACAAACGACGUGAUAGAGACUUGACUCCUCCAUAUGUAGACGAUGGACUCAUUGAAGUUGUUGGCUUUAGAGAUGCUUGGCAUGGUCUAGUUUUGCUUGCUCCAAAUGGACAUGGGACUCGUCUUGCACAGGCUCGCCGAAUCAGAUUUGAGUUUCACAAGGGUGCAGCCGAUCAUACAUUCAUGAGGAUUGAUGGAGAACCUUGGAAACAACCCCUUCCUGUUGAUGAUGACACAGUAGUGGUAGAGAUAUCUCAUCUUCGCCAGGUGAAGAUGCUUGCCACCGAAGGUUGCAAAGCCAAAAGUACCAAUGACCCUUCGACUCCAUCAGCACAUGGUGUGGUCAAUGAUGAAGUUGAUAGUGAUGAAGAGGACUCCACCGGUGAGGAAUGGAGAAAGUUUGGUGCAGCAGACACAUUUAAAAUCCCAGACGAGGUUGAUAUUUCUCAUCUCAGUUAA